GCACCAAGGUCGUGCCGAGGUCGCCUGGCAUGGCCUCUCUGCCCUGCGAGUGCCUCACCUUGCCCACCUUCCUCCACCUUAGCCCCUGCUCUGCCCGCAGGCCUGAUCGACUUCCUGGCCGGCAGCCACCCCAUCGCCGUGCUGCUGCGCGACCACGUCAUCUUCAAGAUCGUGCCCAUGAUGAACCCGGACGGCGUGUUCCUGGGGAACCAAAAGUGCUCGCUGCUGGGACUGGACCUGAACCGGGGCUGGAUCGACGCCACCCCGCUGUCGCACCCCACCCUGGACGCGGUGCAGAACCUCCUGGCGGACCUCAACCAGCGGAAGGACGUGCACCUUGACUUUGUGUUCGACAUCCACGCGCACACCAGCCUCCACGGCGCCUUCAUCUACGGCAACUCCUACGACGACGUGUACAGGUACGAGCGCCACAUCGUGUACCCCAAGCUGCUGGCGCAGAACGCGGAGGACUUCAACUCCCUGGACACGAUGUACAACCGGGACCCCAAGAAGGCUGGCACGGCGCGGAGGUACCUGUGCGCCACGCUGAAGGACUCCGUCAACUGCUACACGCUGUUCGCCUCCUUGCACGGCUACCGCCGGGACACCCCACCCUACUUCCUCAACUACAGCGAGGAGGGCUACUACCGCCUGGGCCGGAACGUGGCGCGAACCUACCUGGACUACUACCACGUGGUGGGCGUCAUCCCCGUGGGGCUGCCCGCCUCCCCCGGCGCCCUCAAGCGGGCCAGGCGCAGCCGGCCGCGGCACCGCCGCCGGUCCAGGUACAGUAGGCGUCAGGAAAACUUCGACAAAUUGGAAGCAAAACCGGAACAAAGUCCUGGCCAAGCAGAGAGCCCCGGCGAAGGACACCCGGGGGUCGCGUGGAGCAGCUCCGACCCCACCAGGUAG